UGUUUCUCUUACAUUCACAGAAGCCAGCCAGCUCAACAUCUAUGGGGCCCCUAUGAGGAAUGUGCGGAAGAUGGCACUGAAACACUCUGAUUCAUCAAGCCCAGAGUCAGGCUUCAGGAGGUCCAACCCCAGCCCUAAUAUGAGGCAGAAGAGAGCUGACGCUUCAGCCAGCCAGUCAGGCUACUCGGCUGUUAAUGCUAGGAAGCAUUUCACCUUGCAAGGACUUUCCAACAGGAGGUCUCUUCCCACAGAACCUGCUGCUAAAGAGGCUGAGGUCCCCCGCCGCUUCUCUCUCACUUCGUCUCUUGCUUCCUCUUCCUCCUCCUCCUUCGCUACACGGCGCACAAAAGGUCCCCUCUCUGCUAGCGUAAAGAGCAAAAGGCAUGAAAUAAAGAGUGAUCCCACUCCAUUUGGUUAUGAAGAUACAUUGCGCGGCGCUAUGGCAGCAGUCAGGAAACGUCAGAGUAUGACUAGCAGCACUUCUGCUGGUCCUGGUGGCACCUCAGCUGUCCCUAGAUCCACUUCCCAACCAGGCUGGGCCCAGCGGCGUCUUCUUUCCAUGGACACAGAGGACUUUGAGACGAUUCCCUCCAGCGCAGAGGAAUCCUCCAACUCUUCAGACGAGGAAGGCAACAAUAAAAAUGGUGACAGCAGCCGUUUCCGAGUACAGCUAACAUACGAGUCUCGUGAUCCGCAAGACCUCUCUCUGGAGACAGGUGACCUCGUCCAGUUUGUGGAGGAAGCAAAGAAUGGAAACUGGCUAGUCAAGAACCUUUUAACAGAGAAGACAGGGUUGGUCCCAUCCAGUAUACUGCAAACAGCAUCAGAAGGAGAUAUCUUCAGUGAUCUGUGUACGGCAGCUCUCUCCGACUCUGAAAAUGAAGCCAGUACAUGGGGAGAUGUGUCUCAGGACAGCAAAUAAACAUGGAUGACCACUAUAGUUCAUUAUAUUUAACUACAAAUAUGGCUGAUGACUAUAACUGUAGGUUUUUUUAACUGUAAUUUCCUAAGCUGGACAAUUCUAGGUUUUCUACUUGUAGCUCUUAUUAAUGAAUUUGCAAAUAUGGCCUGCUAUUGUUUUUCAAAUGUAGUUUUUUUAGAAAAAAGCCUGCCUGAAUGCCACAGUAGGAAAGCCAUAUAAGGUUUUUAAUUCAAGGAAGUGCCAGCAUGUCUCUGUGGGGAACUGAAGCUUUCAUGGAUGCUGAACUGAAAGUUAAAUCAUUACUUUCUGUGGAGAAUGCUGGAUGCCUGGAAAUGUAAAACCUUUUCUGACCUGGAUAACCUUAGGGAAAGUGACAAUUUCCAUGUGCUGGUUGUAAGCAGGCUUUGGGGAGGCGGCCUGGUUUGCUGUUACCCUGCACUGAAGCAGAACUCUUUAAGAUCAAAUUCUUACACUGAUGCCCAAAUGUUUCAGCAUUUCAUGUUCAAAAUAUAUAUAAUUAAUUGCAA